UCUCUGCUGAUGAUGGAUACAUAUUAAGUCUUCUUCUGCUGUGCUCCUUUCAGUUUUUGGGCGAGCAUCGAGGGAACAGAAAACAUCCAGCAUCUGGAGCAUUUGGAAGAAUCAUUGAGAAAAUCUAUUGAAAGAGUUCACACUCACAAGCAAAAGUAAAUGGCGAGAAGACAAGACUCUCGAAUGUUCUUGGUUUUAGCUCUUCUAUAUCUCAUGAUCUCAUGGAAGCCUGUCUUAAUCACUGCAAGAACUGAGAAAUCAUCAACAAACCACUUUGAAACCAAGGGACAGGAAUUGAAUCAGAUUAGCCACCUGGGACGCAUUGAAACUGAUCCUAAGAGAAGAACAAGGACACGGAGGAUGAUGACCGUUGAGGAUAUUAACGAUUAUCCAGGAUCCGGUGCUAACAACCGCCACACUCCUCACUGUUCUGAUUGCUAAUUCCAUUUUCUUGUAAUCUAGCUUCUAUAAAAUUGUAAUAAUCAAAAAUCACUUUAUAUGAUAUGUAUCAAGAUUUAAUAAUUGAAUCUUAUUCUA